AUGUCUUUCCUUCAUAAUCAUUCUUGCGAGUGCGUUAAGUCAGAAUUGGAUUUGUUUGCACUACCGUCUACACAAACUAGCAUUGAAAAUGGAUUGUGGAUUCAUUAUAAACCAAUUUCAUCUCUUGAUGAUGAUGGACCUAUCGAGUUUCAAGUUCCUGGGACCGGCGAUGACUACAUAGAUUUGUCUCAUACAUUACUCCACAUAAAGGCAAAAGUAUUAAAUCAAGAUUCAACUAACUUGGUAUCUACUACAAUAGUAGCACCUGUAAAUAAUUGGCUGCAUUCACUUUUUAGUCAACUUGAUGUUUAUUUAAACCAAAAACUUGUAUCACCACCUAAUAAUACCUAUGCAUAUCGAGCAUACAUGGAAACCCUUUUAAACUAUGCCCCUGCUGCUAAACAAUCUCAUCUUACUUGUAGUCUUUGGUAUGAGGAUACAGCAGGAAAAAUGGAUUCUACAGAUGGUAAAAACAUAGGAUUUGUUAAAAGACAGGAAUUGAUUAGUGAAAGUAAGGAAACAGAAAUGAUUGGUCAUCUUCACGGUGACAUUUUUAACCAAGAUAAAUUUUUAAUUAAUGGUGUUGAAAUGAGUGUUAAAUUGGUUCGAUCAAGAGAGAGUUUUAAUUUAAUUGUUGGGUCAAACGAUGUAAAGUUUAAAGUUUGCAUUACGGACGCAACUCUUAUUGUUCGACGAGCACGAAUUAAUCCAAGUGUAUUACUCGCACAUCAAAAAGUUUUAGCUUCUACCACUGCUAAAUAUCCUAUUACUCGAGCUGAAGUAAAAGUUUUAACAAUUCCUUCGGGUGUUCAAGGAAAAACUCUUGAUAAUAUAUUUUUAGGACAGGUACCGAAAAGAUGUAUAAUUGGAUUUGUGAACAAUUCUGCAUUUAAUGGUUCCCUUACUAAAAAUCCAUUUAACUUUGAAAACUAUGGUAUUAAUUCUUUCAGCUUAUAUAUUGAUGGUCAACAAAUACCUUCAAAAGCUUUGCAACCAUCUUUUAAUAAUAGCAUAUUUACAUCAGCAUAUCAUACUCUAUUCUCGGGAACUGGUAUUCACUUUCUUAAUGAAGGAAAUGGAAUCUCUUGUGAACAGUAUGGCAAAGGUUACUGUCUAUUAGCAUUUGACUUAACUCCUGAUUUAUCAGCUAACUCAUCAACUCAUUGGAAUCUCAUAAAGCAUGGUAGUGUAAGAAUAGAAGUACGAUUUGAAUCCUCAUUAAUACAAACAAUUAACUGUAUAGUUUAUGCUGAGUUUGAUAAUAUUAUUGAGAUAGAUAAAAACAGAAAUGUUACUGUAGACUAUAGUAGUUAA